AUGAAGAGCUCCGUUCUCCUUUCCAUUGUGGCCAUCGCUGCCCAGGUCAUCGCCCUCCCCACCCACGAUGAGCGAUCCGUGGCGCUGCCCAUCAGGGACGUGAACCUCGCGCCCCAGGUCGACGUCAGGCCCAAGCUCCGCCGUGCCAAGGACGAGGAAGCGCAAUCCGACGCUGCCGCGGAUGGCACCGCCGACAAGGAUGCCGCCAAGAAGAAGAAGGAUGCCAAGGCUGCGGACGCCGCCGCCGUUGCUGCUGACGCCGCGGGAACCGGAGCGGCCAACAACGGAACUGCCAACGCCGGCGAUGCCAAGAAGAAUAAGAAGGACAAGAAGAAGGAUGGCAAGGCUGCUAAGGAUGGCAAGGCUGCUAAGGCUGCUAAGGCUGCUAAGGCUGGGGACGCAGCGGCUGCCGGUGGUGCGAAGAACGGAACCGCCAACGCCGGUGAUGCCAAGAAGAACAAGAAGGACAAGAACAAGGCAGCCAAGGCAAAAGGCAAGGACGCCGCGAAGAAGAACAAGGACAAGAACAACGGUGCAGGUGGCGCCGCCAAUAACGGUACUGCCAACGCUGCCGAUGAUGCGGCGGCCGCCAAGGCAAAGAAGGACGCCAAGAAGACUGCCGAGGCCAAGAACAAAGCCGCUGUCGACGCAGCGGCUGCCGGUGGUGCGAAGAACGGAACCGCCAACGCCGGUGGUAAGAAGAAGAAGGGCGGAAAGAAGAACAAAAACAACAACGCCGCCGACGCUGCCGGCGGUGCUGCCACCGGAGGCAACGCUGCGGCGGCGGACGGAAACAACAUCCUCUCUUCCAUUCUCGGUAGUCUCACCGGUGGCGCGGCUGGUGGCGCUGGCAAGGCGGCCGACGGUCAGCAGCAGCAGAACGACCCUCUCGCCCCGCUCACCGGCCUUCUUGGACGCGACGAAGAGUCAGCCGAUGCAGCUGAUGCAGCUGAUGCGGAUGAUGCGGAUGAUGCGGAGUAA